AUGAAGACGGCGGCGAUUGCUGAUUGUCCAGCCACUUGUGGUUAUUGUUGUGAGACUGCGGCUUAUGAUUGUGCUAAUGUUGCUUACCCCCGUCUCGACUGCUCCACCAUCACUAGUGCUCAAUGUCUGUCUGCCACGUGGCGUACCAUCAUCGCCCAGGAUUGUCCAUCCGCGUGUGGUCUUUGUGGAUCCGGUGGUUGUGUUGACGCAGUCGUGGAUUGUGCAAACGACGUCACAAUUUGUAAUACGGUUGGAAUGCAAGAUUUUGUUAAUGAAUACUGUCAAUACACGUGUGGCCGAUGCGCCUCCUCUUCCACCACCGUCUCCUCCGGCUCUUCCGGCUCCUGCUCUUCCUACGCCGCAGAUUCGAGCAGUGCAUGUUCGGCAUGGGCGGCCAACGGAUUUUGUACCAACACCUUCUACACAACAGCCGAAAGAAUGGCGUAUUGUGCAACCACUUGUAAACUUUGCUAA